AACUCGCGACUGACAAGCAGCGGACGCCGUCGCCGAUCCGUUGUCGAGAGAUCAGAUCAGAUCCCAGAUCCUAUACGCAUACGAUCCGAACCGAUUCGAACCGAUUCGAACCGUUCCGAACCGAUACCGCGAUCCGUGUUCCGUGAGUGCCGCGAAUUAUACGUUUUUUUUUUGUUUUAUUUUUUUACGAGUCUAACCGAAUCCUUUCUGUGUGCAGUGCCGCCCAUUAUCGAAUCGAAGGAGAUACAAAUUUUUUUCGAGUGCCCAGUGCCGAGGAUAACCCACACCAUCAGCAGCUGGCAUGAUGCUGCUCCGCCUGACCCUGCUGACCGCCUGCUGCCUCUGCGCCGCCCAAGCGGUGCUCAGCGGCAAGGAACUGAAGCGCCGCGAGGCGGGAUUCGACACCUACGGUCCGCCACCACGCCCCGCCCCCCAGUACGGCCCCCCGCCCCCGCAGCAGCACGUGCCCCACCGCGAGUACGGCGUGCCGCAGCAGAUUCCCUUCCGGGAGUACGGUCCACCAGCCCUGAAGUACGGUCCGCCCAAGCUUAACUUCCUCGGAGGAGGAGGUGGAGGAGGGGGCGGAGGAGGCGGUGGCUCGCUUCACGAGCAGAUCAAGACCCACUUCGGAGUGCCCAAGCCCUUCUACGGACCACCCCACAUCCAGCACAAGCCGGCCCAGCAAUACGGUCCGCCGCCACCAAAGCCGGCGCCCCAGUACGGCCCACCCCCGCAGCCCGCCCCCCAGUACGGUCCACCACCACCACAGUACGGCCCACCCCCACCGCCGAAGCCCCAGUACGGACCCCCGCCCCCGCAGUACGGACCCCCGCCCCCACAGAAGAUCCAGCACCGCCCUGCCCCGCAGUACGGACCCCCGAAGCCGCAGUACGGUCCACCACCACCACCGCCGCAGUUGCUGCCCUCGCCACAUGCCGCUCCACUGUUUAAGCCCGCCCACCAGCCGGCCACCUCGUACGGACCGCCCGCCUCCGGACCGCUGAACCUGCCCUCCAAGCCCCACUUCGACGCCCCGCCCCACUACGGACCGCCCCCGCUGCCCGUGGCCCUGCCCGGAAGCGGACCGGCCACCACGAUCAUAUUGAGCGGCGCCGGACACGGCGGACACUCUGGACACUCCGGAUUCUCCGGGCCCAGUGGCCCCGGACCGCUGAAGCAGGUGCAGAUCCAGAUCGACUCCUCGGGACACACGCACAGCGUGAGCGGCUCCCAGGCGCCCUUCCACACGGCCUGCGACGGCUGGAAGCCGAUCCCGGCUCCGGUGGGCGCCUACGUGGAGCAGAACCACAUCGAGACGCAGGGCGGCUACAGCCAGGUGGCCCAGGGACACGGCGGCUCCUUCGGCACGCAGUACAGUGUGGGCGGCGGAGUGGGAGGACCCACUGGCAGCGGAAGUGGCAGCAUCAUCGAUGGACUCUCGGACGAACAGCUGGUGGCGGUGGCCCUUCAGGGAGGCGGCGAUGGCGCCCACGUGAUCACCGGACCCGGAGGCAACUCCAUCGAAGCCGAAGCUCUGCAGGCUGCAAUUGGUUCUCUUGAUGAUUCUUACUCCAAGCCACCGUCGGAUAGCUUUGCUCCCGGCUCAGUGCAUGCCCAGAAGUACCAGACGAUUGGACACUCCGGACCUCCAAGUGGUAGCUAUGGACCUCCACCCCCUCCCCCGAGUGGCAACUACGGACCUCCACCCCCUCCCCCGAGUGGCAACUACGGACCUCCACCCCCGCCCCCAAGUGGCAACUACGGACCUCCACCCCCUCCCCCAAGUGGCAACUAUGGACCUCCACCACCCCAAUUCGCCGCCCUCACCAGCAGCAGCAGCAGCCACGCCCACUCGCAGUCGCAGUCGAAUGUGAACAUCCAGUACGGUCCUCCGUCCGGAAAUCCCCAGCCAUUCCCGCAGCACGGAGCCGGGCAGCCCAAUAAGCCGGUGGCCUACCGCCCACCAGUGCCCGCCGGCCUCCUGGAAUCCAUCGGAGCCACCGUGCAGCAUCUGGAUCAGUUCGGAGUGAAGCCCCAGCAGCAACCGGCCACCUACAUUCCGCCCGCGGCCAAUGAGAUUGCUCUGGCGGGAUCCGCACCACCGGCCCUGCCCUCGCCACAGGCCCUGUAUCAGCCACCCCCACCACCCCCGCCUGCCCCCCAGGUGAUCCUCCAGCAGCAGCUGCCCGCCCCGCAGCCCGGACCCGCCUUCAUCCACCAGAAGCAGUUCGGACCACCGGGACCACCGCCGCCACCAGAGCCCCAGUACCUGCCCCCACCACCGCCAGUGGCCAAUGUGCGACCCCUGGGUCCGCCUCCAUCGCCGCAGCAGCAGUACCUGCCCCCCACACCCCUCUUCUUCCAGCAGCAACAGCAGCAGCAGCAGCACCACCACCACUCGGAGAACAGCUACAGUGCCUCGCAGUUCCACUCCCAAGGUCUUCCGCUGCCGCAGCAGGCACCCCGCUUCAAUCUGCAGCAGCAGCAGCAGCAGCAGCCCAUCAUCAUCCACGACUGCGGACAUGGACCCAACCUGGUGAGCAGCAAUGGCUACCAGGUGCAACAGCAGCAGGUGCAACAGCAGGUGCAACAGCAGUUCGGCAGCGUGUCCGCCGCCUCCGCCGGAGCCUACAACGCCAUCUCGCAGAGCAUUCCCGUGGCCGAGCAGCACACCCAGCAACUGGUGACUGGACCAGCGGACAGCUACGGUCCUCCGCCCUCCGGAAAUGACCUGGACUUCGACCACACCGGCUACGCCUCGCAGAAGAACGCGGUGGCGGCGCUGCCCGACGGCACGGAUCCCCAGCAGCUGCCCGGAUUGGAUGGCCUGGACGUGCUGUCCGCCACCAAGUCGCAGAGCAUCCAGUUGAAUGGCCAGCAGCCCGCCCAGAACUUCCAGGUGCAGUUCGGCGGAUCGCUGAACAAUGGUCAGCAGGGCGUGGCCAGCGGCGAUGCCAACCACGAGGAGAUCCUCUCGCAGGGCCUGCUGCAGUCCAUCCUCACGGCCAUCGAGCAGCCCAGCCAGCAGAGUGUGCCCCAGAACCACAAGGCCCAGAGUCGCUCCGAUGAGCAUGAUCACGACCAGGAGCAGGAUCACGACCAGACCCAUGCGGAGGAGGAGAACGAGGGGGAUGAGCCCGCCUCCAGCUCCUCCAACCGCGUGGAGGUGCGAGUGCUGCCCGGGAGCCCGGACAACGAGGAGGAGACCCCCGCCGAGGUCAAGGAGAUCGAACCGAUCGUGGUCGGCGAGGAGGAGGCCAAGCAUUAGUCAGUCACCACUAGUUAGCAUCGAACUCAUCAGCGCCGCUUGAACCUAUUUAUUGCUGCCUCAUCUUCAUCAACUAAGAGCCAAGAGCUGGGAGCGAGGAGCUCCAUCUGUCCCCCAGUUGCCAUAAAGUGAAAGUCCAGGGGACGGGUGGGGGGUAUCCAAACACACACACACACUCACACACGCACACCAACGAAGAGAACAAAGAAGCUACCAUGUGAAAAGUGCCUUUUCAUGCUCGCAGCUCGUGUAUAAACAAAUAUUUAAAGUAAAUAAUUAAUUUAUUAUAGCAUUGUAUUGUAUCUUAUGCUUUAAACAAUAAAUAAAUAUGUAUGUAUACAAACAAAAAA